ACAAUUGUAAAACAACUUGAGGAAGGGAUUGUUUUACAGAAAACAUUUAAUCGAAUUACAAACUGAAAUAUGUAGGUCCGUUCGUCUGCCUAAAACCAUUACGUAAUGACCUCCCAAAGCGGCUCAAUCCUUAAAAAAAAAUGAAGAAAACAUUCGUUCUCGCGUCUUUCCGCAUGAUAUUUAUGACCACGCGUACUUGGCGUCAUCAGGGUGUUCGUAUGUGAUGCGGCCUCCCCGUGUGUGUUUCUUUUCCGCGACGUUUUGCAACGCUCGAGUGGAUAAACAAAGCCACGUGCUGCGGGGAAGUUUCCGAGGUGGGCGGGGCCAGCCUGUUUCCGGGAGCAUAUAAGAACAAGCUGCGCAACUACAACAAACCUUCAACAGCGUUUGUCAGCGACAAGCGACGCCGUUCGAUUGUUUCAAAACCUUUUAAUUGAUUUUUACUUGGUUGCAGCAGCAUAUUUACUCGGCCACAAACAAGCGAAGAAUGCCUUUCCUCGGACAGGACUGGAGGUCGCCGGGACAAUGUUGGGUUAAAACCGAGGAGGGAUGGAAAAAGACAGCGGCGGACGGCAAAAACAACAACAUCUCCGUGGACAGCUUCUGCAAAGCUGAGCAUGAGUGUUUCAACAAGGAGAGCUUGCUGCUUUCUCUUGGCUAUGACAUGACUGCCAAGAAGAGAAAAAAAGACCUCAUGAACAACAACACUAAGGCCCCGUAUUUCCACAGGGAAAAGUGGAUUUAUGUUCAUAAAGGAAGCACUAAGGAGCGCCAUGGAUAUUGCACCCUGGGGGAAGCCUUCAACCGCUUGGAUUUCUGCAGCGCCAUCAAGGACACGAGGAGGUUCAAUUAUGUCGUCAGACUGCUGGAGCUUAUCGCAAAGUCGCAGCUCCCCUCACUCAGCGGCGUGGCUCAGAAAAAUUACAUGAAUAUUCUGGAGAGAGUGGUGCAGAAAGUGCUCGACAACCAGCAGGAUGUGCGUCCCAUCAAAGAGCUGCUCCAGACGCUCUAUCUCUCGCUGUGCAGUCUGGUUCAAGACAUGGGCAAGUCUGUGCUGGUGGGGAAUAUCAACAUAUGGGUGCACCGCAUGGAUAAUAUCCUGCAAUGGCAGCAGCAGCUAAACAACAUCAAUAUCAACAGGCCAACAUCAACAGGCAUGACUCUGACGGAGCUGCCUGCCAGCCUGCAGUUGAACAUCAUGCAGCGUCUUUCGGAUGGCAGGGAUUUGGUUUGCCUGGGCCAAGUUUGCCCACAAUUGGGGGGCCUUGCUGAGGACCUGCUGCUUUGGAAGAGACUCUGCCAGUACCACUUCACAGACAGACAGAUCCGGAAGCGUCUGAUGGUGUCAGACAAGGGUCAUCUGGAAUGGAAGAAGAUGUACUUCAAGCUGAGUCGCUGCUAUCCACGCCGAGAGCAGUAUAGUGACACACUGCACUUUUGCUCACACUGUCACAUCCUUUUCUGGAAGGACACAAAUCAUCCCUGCACUGCCAAUAACCCAGAAAGCUGCACCAUGGCCCUCUCCCCGCAAGACUUUAUUAACCUUUUUAAAUUCUGAUCCACUCCCGUCCUCUGAAAUAUAUGACCUGAGUGUACAUACUGUACAUAAUCAUGUUUUUGUUUUAUUGAUUCCGGCAUGUAUAUGCAGAUGUGACUUGAUGCCGAUCAGGCAGUGGGACAAAUAUGCAAUUGAGAUUUUAAGUUUGUUUACUUUUUAAGGUAAGAGGCUGUCAUUAUUAAGUGAGUGAAGGAGAGCUCGGGAUGUGGAAGCAGAAGUAAGGAGAUGCAGUGGUUUUAAUUUGUAGUUGGUCGUAGUUUAUUUCAAGGCAGGAAUUUGGAAGAUUAUUCAUAUGAGUAAAUAUGCAAAAUUAUUACUUGUAUUGUAUUGUUAUACCUGACCACAUUGGGAAUACAGAGUUUAAAGCACAGAGGCUAUCGUCUGGUUUGGCACCGCUGUUACUUGAGGCUUCAGUACUGAAGAGAAAAUAAAUGUAAGCAAUCAGGUGUAAA